GAAACGCAGUCAUCGUCAUUUUCAGCCCGUUAAGACGGAAUUCGGUCAUUGCAUUCGGUCGCGGUACAUACUGACGUCCAACUCUCCACACACAUACUCACUCCCACCCUCCCUCCCUCCCUUUUCAUUACGCAGGGCCCCAUCCCCCAAAAGAGUCAUUGCUCCCAGUUGAUUGCUCACCUCACUCCCACACACACCAACCAAUCACCCACCCACGAUCGACCCACACAGCCGUGCAAUCUUCACGCGCUCAUAUGGCCACAGCUAGCGAGCAGCAGAACAGCAGGCUAGAUGAGGCCGAAGUCGGUGUGCUGCCUCGCCCCGGGCCUGAUGCCCCUGGCGGCCCGCACCCCGCCAUAGCCCCAGAAGCUGUUCUGCCGCUCCACACCAGCAGGUGCACCCCCACGCACCACCACACGACCCACACUCGGCGCAGCAACAGCAGGGGCAGCAACCGCUGCAGCAGCAGGAGCCGCACUGGCUGCCGCUGCUGCGGCCAUAGCAGCGGCCUUAGGCGGCGGUGUAAAGGCUCUUCUGUGAGGGUGGUGCGCCAUUGGUGGCGGCUGCCAGGCCUUGUGUUCUGCCGCCGCCCACGCGGCUCUGUCGCCUGCUGGCAUCGCGUGAGCAGGAGCGUGGCCGUACAUGGCGGCCUUGCUCACGAGGUCCUCGCUCCUUGACCGGGCUAGGAUUCCAUAGCGAUGCUUCUCCAUCUGGAGCGGGGACGGGGCUGGCGUCUCCUGGGGGCGGACCGGAGGUGAUAUCUUCGGCCCCAGGGUCUGGGGCGGCUGCUGCUGCUGCGGUGUCGUCUGUGUCGGUGUCUUGGUCCAGGUCGGGUGGGGAAGGGGCGGCCUUCGGAAGGCCCCCGCCACUCCAGCACUCGCCGGCCUGUUGUCGGUCGUAGGUGUCUGUGUCUGAGCAGGGUGCUUCCCAGUUCCAGGGUAGAGAGGCGGCGUUGCUGCGGCGGCUCUGGGAUGAGCUGGAGCUGCUGCCGCUGCUGCUGGCAGAGGAGGCCGCUUGUGCGGCACGGCAGCCAAUCUGCCAGGGAAAUCGGGGCGAAUGGCGACGUCGACUUUGGGGCUGGACCUGCCGACACGAUGGAGGCACAUCCACGGGGCGGCGAAGUUCGUGUCUGUGUGAAUGGAUGGGUACAUAAUAAGUGUACGAUACCAUAACAUGCCAUGACACCAGCACCAGCAGCCAGCCAUUCACAAACCAACGUGUCCUGUCCUGUCCUGCGCUGUGUACCGGUCGGCCUCUCUGACUCUCUCUUGGCCUGUCUGGCUGUCUGGCAGGUUUCGCGGGCAAUUACCUGGAGUGCGAGUAGUGGCGGAGGAACUGUUGGAUGGGAUGAAGCAGAUCCUGACAGACAGCACACAGAUGCAAUGAGCGCAUGACUGGGUGUCUGUCUGUCGGCCUGUCUGUCUGUCUGUCUGUCUGCAUGUGUGCCCACCGCACCUGGUAGAAGUCGUAUUCGUUGUGCGAUGCGGUCGAACUGAACUUGGACAUCUGACGCACACACGCACAGAUGAACAACCAAGCUUUCUGAGCACCCUCCCUCUUGCCAUCCGUCUGUCUCUGUGUGCGGGUGCCGACCUUGAGUUCUCCGUUGUAUCCCUUGUUGAGUCUGUGUGAGUGGUAUGAUGGGAUGACGUCGUCCCGCUCGCCGUGGAGCAGGCAGAGGGGCGUGUCGGGGGACAGCCGACGGAGAUUCGCCUCGUUGUCCCACAAAUUGCCAAUCAACAGAGUGCCCACGUGGGCGUAGUCUGUUCACACAUACACAUACGUCAAGUAGAGGAGGGAGGGAUGCCGCACGUGUGUGUCUGUUGGCUUGCGGGCGGGCAGCUGCCAACCUUUGACGACUGCGUGAAUGGAUAUGUAUGGGCUGUGUAGGACGAGCCCGCCCACGCCCUUGCCCUCCUCCUUCAAACGACGACUCAACUGACACGCCGGACCUGCACACGCGCACAAAGGAAGGAGACAGAGACAAUAGCCAGCCGUCUCCCUCCCUUGUGCGUGUCCGUCCCAUCGACCCCUCACCCACCUGUGCCGAUGGACCUCCCAAAUACGAUGAUGGCCUUGGCUGGCACGUUGCACGCCUCAUGCAGCCAGUCAAAACCCGCCCUCGCCACGUCAUCGAUCCCAUCCCCACUCGGGGAACCAGACGACAGACCAUACCUGUGUGCAGUUUGCAAUGCACCACGAAACCGACACAGACAGACAGACCAGGUGAGCCCCCACGAUGCGUUCCGUUGUGCGUCGCUGUGUGAUGUGGCUGACCCCGGGUAUUCGACGGCGAGUACGUUGGCGCCGAGUAUGUGCGAUAGGACCUCCAGCUCCUCCCGCAUGUGCCCCAGGUCACACGAGUUGCCGUGGAAGUACAACAGGUUGUGGUUGGUCGGCGUCGGCGACUUGAUGAACAGCGCAGGGAACCGCUCGUCGCUGCCGCCGCCCUCCCCCGAAUGACGCUUGGGGAUCCAUAUCAGGCCCUUCAGGUCCGUCGAGUACUGCAGGCAACGCACACACAGACGGAGAAGCACACAAGGCAGGUGGGAGGGGAGAAGGGGAAGAGGGCCACUGCGCUCCACCUGCUUGUUUGCUCACCGAGCCGGGAGGCGCCGGAAAGAGAAUCAAGUUGCCCAUGGCGCGUCACUCGGAAGCCGGGCAGGCGUGAAAUCGGGGAAACGUUGCCAAGUCAGGGGCGAAACUAUUCUAUGCUCUUUGCUGUCUGUGGGUGUGAGCCAAAACUACAACAAGGCGCCCUCCUCUGCCGGUCGUGUUUUC